GCCCUGGAAGAGGGGCAGACGGUCGGCUCAGGCUGAGCCCAUGACAGUCCACUGCCCAGACCUGUGAAUGGCCAUCUUGGGCAGGCUCAGGAUCAAGGCUUCCAGGAUAUCCUCUGAGUGAGCCCAUUGCCCUGUGCAACACCCUCCACCCCAGUCCCCCAAUGUCCAGAGUCAAAACCCCACAGAGAGAGACUUUCACUGGGACUCCCUUUCACCACCUGAUGAAAACAACAACCACCUCAAAGUGUUCCUGCCCCACAAACUCAUCGACAGUUUACCCAAGUGUGCGGCCCUGCCCAAGGAGAGACAGCGGUGGAACACCAAUGAGGCCGCUGAAUGGCUCGAUCAUCCUCUACAACAGGAAGAAGGUGAAGUAUCGGAAAGAUGGGUACUGCUGGAAAAAGAGGAAAGACGGCAAAACAACGAGAGAAGAUCACAUGAAGCUGAAGGUGCAGGGGAUGGAGUGUCUGUAUGGCUGUUACGUGCAUUCUUCCAUCAUUCCAACAUUCCACCGCAGGUGUUACUGGCUUCUCCAGAACCCCGACAUUGUACUGGUUCACUACCUGAAUGUGCCAGUCACUGAGGACUGUGGCAAGAUCUGUGGGCCCAUGCUCAGCCCCAGCAGCAGCGACCGGAAGGAGUGGCUCAAGUGGUCUAAAGAAGAGCUCAUCUGUCAGCUCAAGCCCAUGUUCCACUGCAUCAAGUGGACAUGUAGCAAUGGCAAUGGGUCCGUGGAGUUCUCAGUCGAACAGCUGGUCCAUCAGGUUCUGGAGAGUCAACCCCCGCCCCGCACUCACAUGUGCCUCUUCAACAGUGGCCUCGGGAGCCGAGGAAACAUACCUCACAAGUGUAACAGCACCAAGCACCGGAUCAUCUCGCCCAAGGUGGACCUUGGUCUGGCUCCCUGCUCUGCCUUAACGGAAGUGCAAAACCUCUCGGCGGCCGACAGCAGCGGCAAUGUGGUCAAUCAGGACAAGAAGUUGGUGAAACUGCCCAAGUCUGUGCCUCGGGUGAAGGGGGGCAGAGAGGCCUCGCCCUCGGGCACGCUAGACAAUGUGGAUCCCAGCAGCCGCACCCCGGGAGCGCGGAGUAACGGCAGUUAUGGCAACCGAGAGCUCACCACCAUUGCCUGUGUCACCAAUGUGCCAAAUCUCAGCAUUGCCACAGUGACGUGCAGCAUUCCCCGCAAUGCCCUCAUCCUGAUGACGGGCGUCGGUGACAAGCCAGUGUCUUUGGCCCUCGGCAGUCAGCAGCUGGCGGUCAGCAGCCAGGCCGCUGGUCUGGGCAGCCGAGACCUGACCUUGGCCCUGGCGUCUAGCACUGGGAGUGGACUGGUGCUGUCCGAGACCAGCAUGGACACCUCCGAGACCAGUCCCACUUUCGACCCCGAUUCCUUCCUCAACAGCCCCAAGCAAGGUCAGACAUACGGGGGUGGAGGGAGUGCCAGGGAGGGGGGCAACAUUGCCCCAGCCUACCCUGCGCUGGGCCUGGGAGACUCCCUAGAGAGGGAGGCAAGCCUGGAGAGUGCAGGACCAGGGAGAGAGUCCCGACUCCCUGACUGUGGGAUGCCUCCCGUCUCCUCCACUUCUGUCUUCCCACAGACUCCAGGCCUGAUGACAGUGAGACGGGAUCCAGCUGCAGCCACAGUGUGCGUGGAGUCGCCUGCCCUAGACCUGGCCACUGUGCUGGAUUACAACGACACGGGCUCCCCCAAACCCUAUACCGGCACUUUCCCCCAGCCCUCCCCCAUGGGAGCCCCUCUCCCUUCACCAUGCAGAUCGUUCUUCCACGGAGACGCAGGGGGCCACAGCAGUGGGUCUGAUCCCUCGGCCCCGGCGAUCCUGGGGACUGAGCCCCUCUGCCAGUUUCCACAGGAGGCCACUGACAACAGAGGGGAGAGGGACAAGCUGGGGGUUGGGGGUCUGCGGACGGUGGUUCCCGAGGCUGAGACCCCGAUGGACACCUCCCAGGGGACAGGUCUGCAGAAAGGGGCAGGGAAGGUGGAGCCGGGUUAUGGGGCGCUGCCCUGUGGGAAUAGCAGCGACUUGUACUCCAUUAUACAGAGUGAGAUGCCCCCCACCCAGCAUCCCCCUGCCAGCCUCGAGCUGGACAUCGACCACUUUGACAUCUCGUUUGACAGCCAAUUCCCGGACCUGAUCCCGGACUUCAUGGCAGAGGGUGGAGGUGAGGGAGGAAGGGCAUACCCCUCAGCUGAAUCAUCGGACCACACUAUCUCUCCAACCUUCCCCGAGACAUCAGCCUCACGAUCACCCCAGCAGCCCGUGGGAACAGACAGAGCUGCAGUCUUCCCCGAGGUUCCUGCAGCUCCAGCAGACCUGCCCAGCCUCUCCCCCAGUACCGCCCUGGAGGGACCCUCUGUCAGCAUCACGGACUUCUCCCCGGAGUGGUCCUAUCCUGAGGGCGGAGUGAAGGUGUUGAUCACGGGGCAGUGGGGAGACGGCGCUGAUGGAUAUUCCUGUGUUUUCGAUCACAUCACCGUGUCAGCUGCGCUCAUCCAGUCCGGAGUCCUUCGCUGCUACUGCCCAGCCCAUGAGGCUGGUGUGGUAAGGCUGCACGUGACACGGGAGAAGCCCCCCCUCGUCUCCAACACGGUGAUGUUUGAAUACAGAGCACGCAACAGCUUGGCCCUGCCCAGCUCCCAGCUGGACUGGUUGUCUCUGGACGAUAACCAGUUCCGCAUGUCGAUCCUCGAGCGUCUGGAGCAGAUGGAGAAGCGAAUGGCUGAGAUGGCCGCUUCGGGUCACUGUCAGAGUAUGUGCGCAGGAGGCAGGAUGCAGAUUCAGGCCUCAUCAGACUCCUUCGAGGAGCGGAUCAUCGCUUUGUGCCUCACCAUGAUGUCCCAGUCGUGCUGGCUGCCUUCCGAACGCCUGGUUCACAGUGUCAGUUUCCGGGGGAUGACACUGCUGCACCUCGCAGCUGCUCAGGGCUACUCCCGACUCAUAGAGACCCUCAUCAAAUGGAGGUCACUGAGUGCUGACAGUUUGGACCUGGAGCAGGAGGUUGAUCCCCUCAACGUUGAUCAUUUCUCCUGCACUCCUCUGAUGUGGGCCUGUGCCCUGGGACAUACUGAUGCAGCUGUCACUCUAUAUGGUUGGAAUCGGCAAGCUCUCCUCAUACCCGACUCCCUGGGGCGGCUGCCCUUGCACGUGGCUCGGGCCCGCGGCCACGUCCAGCUUGCCACUCGCCUGGAGGAGCUGCAGGGUCAGGCUGAGAGCAGCUCAUUGACAGCACGCAUGCCCAAGGGGGAUACAACUGACGGGCAGUGGCCGUUGUCUGCUAGUAACACUCCGGACACACCCAGGGGUCCUCUGUCCUCAUUGGCCAGCCCAGACACAGGUCUGAGCGCGGCCACCAGCCCCUCCUCUCCCUCCUCGCUGCCUGAGGGCUUGGGAGCCAACUCCGUGAGCUCAGCAUACUCCAGCGCAUCGGUGAGUGGGGAGAGCGCUACCUACAGCCCUGAGCUUGGUGCCCAUGGGGACCCGGACAUUGCCAUGGAGGUCUGCGAGUCUCAGCAGAUGGUGGGGCCAGCCAGCCCUGGGGGGAAGGGGAACUUACUGUGGCCCCUCCCCUCACAGCAGGAGUCUCGGCAACGAGGGACCCCCAGCCCCACUCCCCAGUCCCGCUACUUCAUUGACUACGGGCCGACGCAUGGCAACAGGCAGUUCUCCGUGAUGAUCGGUCGGGAUUCCAUUGAGACCGACCUCCUGCGGUUUAACGAGAAUGCGGAAAAUGAGGAGUUCCCGCCGCCUGUCGACAUGUUACAGGUGGACAUGAUGGCCCUGGCUGAGCAGAUCAUCGAGGCCACUCCAGAACGAAUUAAACAGGAAGACUUUAACUCAGUCGAAGCUCCUCUCAAAGAACGCCAGGACAGCUCGAGUAUCAGCAACACCAUGACAUGGCUUGCCACCUACCUGGAGAACGUGGACCAGCUGCCCAACUUCUCCCAGCACAGAUCCGCCUGUAACCAACCGCUGACACCACCAUCUCAUGCCUGCCUCAGUCCUGUGAACUCACCACUCAGUGACAUCACCUUCGAGAGAGUGGAUGUGGCAGCCAACACUGGCUGGUCAGAUUUCCUCAAUGCCUCCACCAAUGGCAAGAUGGAGAGUGAAUUCGCUCUGCUGACGUUGUCUGAUCACGAACAGCGGGAGCUGUAUGAAGCCGCUCGCAUCAUCCAGACUGCCUUCCGCAAGUACAAGGGGCGCCGCCUGAAGGAACAACAGGAGGUAGCGGCUGCAGUCAUUCAGCGAUGCUACAGGAAGUACAAGCAGUAUGCGCUCUACAAAAAGAUGACGCAGGCAGCCAUCCUGAUCCAGAGCAAGUUCCGCAGCUACUAUGAGCAGAAGCGCUUUCAGCAGAGCCGACGGGCAGCCGUGCUCAUCCAGCAGUCGUACCGCAGCUACAAGGAGUAUGAGCGACUGAAACAGGCGCACCGCGGUGCCGGACCCCUGCAACAGAAGAUGAAGGCUUCCUUCCUCACCAAGAAGCAGGACCAGGCUGCCCGCAAAAUCAUGAGGUUCCUGAGACGAUGCCGACACAGGAUGAGGGAGCUGAGGCAGUCGCAGGAGCUCGAAGCUGUGCCCAUCCCUGGUUUGACGUCGUAACUGGUGCGGUGAUGCUCAGACCAAGAGAGCUGCUCUGUGUGUCUGAGGAAACGGUCACCGCGCUAUCACUGCCUUUUAUCAGUACAGCCCCCCCCCCCCCGGGUUCUCCCCUUCACAUUGUCAAUCACCUUUCUCUAGAGUCUGCAGCACUGCUGCAGAUGGGAAGCUCCCUCAUGGCAGUCUGGGGAGGGGUUUCCUUACCGCAGCUCAGGAGGAGCUCCCUCACGGUGGCCCAUGGGGAAACACUCACGACAGUCUGUGGAAGGUUCCCUUGUGGCAGCACAACGGGAGCUCCCUUGCACUGCCGAUCCUGUGGAAUUUGUCCAUGUUCUGUGCUUGGAUAAGGUCGGAGGCGGUGAGCUGGUCCCAGGGUGGAGGAUGAGGGAGGUGAGUUGAGGUUCAUCCAGACUGGACCCUAGUGCCUGAAGCCCUAAAUCCCAAACCCCAGGAUGUGAUCGGGAUUUGGGUAUCUCGCUCGGCUGGAGGGUGGGGAGUUCACCUCUCCCCAACUAAUGACGGCUAUCAGACUGACUCCACUCCUGCCUGGAUUGGUUUGUGGAUGGGGUGGUGGGGUGUCUCUCCCUACCCCCACCCCAUUCACACAUAUUCUGAUCCCCAGUGGGUGACGGUUGUAUUUAUCGAUUUAUUUAUUUAUUUAUUGGGUUGUAGUGCCAGAAUUGGCCCUUUUAGCCAUUCCGCCCAGCAGCCCCCGCCCCUUGAUUUAACCCUUUCACAGUCAUGGGCUGGGAGAGAGAGGGGGGAAUUGGAGAGAAAGAGGCAGGAAUGAGUGAGAGGGAGUGGUCUGCGAGAAAGAGAUGGGGAUGCAGGCAGGAGAGAAAGAGAAAGAGAGCAGGAGCAGAGAGAGAGGGGGAGAGAGUGAAUGUGGAUCUGGGGAAAGAGACUGGGAUUUUGGAAUGGAGACCGGGGACCCUGUGCAGGAGCUCUGCCCAGGGACUGGGGGCUGGUAUGAUCCCAUCUUGGAACUGGAGGGAUUCUGAGGACAGGAGUGGGGAAAUGCUGCUCUUUUCCAGGAUAUGUGGUAAAGCCUGCAGAUGUAAAUAUUGUUUGAUUGCACUGACAUGUAAUGGUGAGUCACCCUGCACUCUCCGGCCUUGGGUGCUAGGCUGAGUGGGGUGACUCAUGUCAUGAUUGAAGCACGGACAUGUGGGAUGGUGGGAUCGGGAGCUGUGGCCGGUUCCUCCUGCAGACCCAGCAUUUGGGAUCCCCUUCUGCCGAUGUUGGGUGCACGCUUGCUGUGGGCAGUUCCCCGUCCCGUCUGUAACUGGUCAUGAGCUUUCGGAUUGUUCAUGUACAGGACCACAACUGGGUGCAUCACUGAUUCUGCCCGUGACGGUACGGAUGUAAUCGUUGAAAUAUUUCCUAAAUUAAACUUCAUUGGAGAACUUG